UCUUGUCGGUAUUUAUCGUUCAACCGGAUAAUGACUGGAGUCCUAGUGAUUAUCAAAGAGUAAUUGCUUAUGAUUCUCUAUCGACGUCUAGUCAGUGUUUUGUUUAUCUGGAUAGUAACUGGUAA